ACUGGAAGAAAAGAAAAAGGAGAUCCUCUAAACAUUGCAAUUGAUAAGAUGACCAAGAAAACAAGAGACCUAAGGAGACAGCUUCGGAAAGCAGUGAUGGAUCAUAUAUCUGAUUCUUUCUUGGAAACCAAUGUCCCUUUGCUAGUUCUCAUUGAGGCUGCAAAGAGUGGGAAUGAAAAGGAAGUGAAGGAAUAUGCCCAGGUUUUCCGUGAGCAUGCCAACAAGCUGGUGGAGGUUGCCAACUUGGCCUGUUCCAUUUCCAACAAUGAGGAAGGGGUAAAAUUAGUCCGGAUGGCAGCCACCCAGAUUGACAGCCUGUGUCCCCAGGUCAUCAAUGCUGCUCUCACACUGGCCGCCCGACCACAGAGCAAAGUUGCUCAGGACAACAUGGAUGUCUUCAAAGACCAGUGGGAGAAGCAGGUCCGAGUGCUGACAGAGGCCGUGGAUGACAUCACCUCAGUGGAUGACUUCCUUUCUGUCUCAGAGAAUCACAUCUUGGAAGAUGUGAACAAGUGUGUGAUAGCGCUCCAAGAAGGGGACGUGGACACCUUGGACCGGACUGCAGGGGCCAUCAGAGGCCGGGCAGCUCGAGUGAUACACAUCAUUAAUGCUGAGAUGGAGAACUAUGAAGCUGGUGUUUAUACUGAGAAGGUUCUGGAAGCUACAAAAUUGCUGUCUGAGACAGUGAUGCCACGCUUUGCCGAGCAAGUAGAGGUUGCUAUUGAAGCCCUGAGUGCCAACGUCCCUCAACCAUUUGAAGAGAAUGAGUUCAUUGAUGCCUCUCGCCUGGUGUAUGAUGGUGUUCGAGACAUCAGAAAAGCUGUGCUGAUGAUCAGGACCCCAGAAGAACUAGAAGAUGAUUCUGACUUUGAGCAGGAAGAUUAUGAUGUGCGUAGCCGGACAAGUGUUCAGACUGAGGACGACCAGCUCAUUGCGGGGCAGAGUGCACGGGCCAUCAUGGCGCAGCUACCGCAGGAGGAGAAGGCAAAAAUAGCUGAGCAGGUGGAGAUAUUCCACCAAGAGAAAAGCAAGCUGGAUGCCGAAGUGGCCAAAUGGGAUGACAGCGGCAAUGAUAUCAUUGUGCUGGCCAAGCAGAUGUGUAUGAUCAUGAUGGAAAUGACAGACUUCACCAGAGGCAAAGGCCCAUUGAAAAAUACAUCUGAUGUUAUUAAUGCCGCCAAGAAAAUUGCCGAAGCAGGUUCUCGAAUGGACAAAUUAGCGCGCGCUGUGGCUGAUCAGUGUCCUGAUUCAGCAUGUAAGCAGGAUUUAUUAGCCUACCUUCAACGAAUUGCCUUGUAUUGCCAUCAGCUUAAUAUCUGCAGCAAGGUGAAGGCAGAAGUACAGAAUCUGGGAGGAGAGCUCAUUGUGUCAGGGACAGGAGUUCAGAGCACUUUCACUACCUUUUAUGAGGUAGAUUGUGAUGUCAUAGAUGGGGGCAGGGCUAGUCAACUUUCUACCCACCUCCCAACCUGUGCUGAGGGAGCUCCGAUCGGGAGUGGAAGCAGUGAUUCCUCCAUGCUGGACAGUGCCACAUCACUCAUCCAGGCAGCUAAAAACCUGAUGAAUGCUGUUGUCCUCACGGUGAAAGCAUCCUAUGUGGCCUCAACCAAAUACCAGAAGGUCUAUGGGACGGCGGCUGUCAACUCGCCGGUUGUGUCUUGGAAGAUGAAGGCUCCAGAGAAGAAGCCCCUUGUGAAGAGAGAAAAGCCUGAAGAAUUCCAGACACGAGUUAGACGAGGUUCCCAGAAGAAACACAUUUCGCCUGUACAGGCUUUAAGUGAAUUCAAAGCAAUGGAUUCAUUCUAGGACGAUAGGCUUUAAUAAGAAAGCUUAUUUUUCCCUUUUCCUUUUCUUUUUAAUUCCAUUUUUGUAUGCAUACCUGCCGACUCAUAUGCCUCUGGCAUGGGGAAAUUAAGGGAGCAGUGUCUGUUUGCAUGUGAGAUGAGAUGUGAUCAAUACUACUGAUCCAUCAGUAGUUGGGGAGGGAACAGGGAAUUCCUGUCCUGAGGUGGCACAGAUCUGUCCUUUGCAACAUUCUCAUAAAAUUGGGCAAAGAGUUCGCAUCGCAAUGUUUCUGGGAGUGGGAGGGUUGGGGAAAAUAAACUUAAUUCUACAAAAGCAAACUCUAAUGCAUGCAAGAAUCAUUAGGUUGGCAGGUAUCUUAAUAAGUGAAAAAUCUGGAAGUGUAAUGGUAGAACAUAAAGCUUGUAUUGCUUCUGUUUCAGUGCAAAAAUGUACUAGCCAAUACGCUGAAGUGUGUGGCCCACAAAUUGAACAAUUUAACUUGGAAGUCCUAUCCAUGAUAUUAAGUGGAUUUUUUACUAAGGAGAAACUAACUCGUCCAGCCAAAAUGUUUCUUUUAAUCUGUAUUCUUUCUCUUGUAGUAGUGCCAUUACUAGUGCUCAUAUUUUCAAUUCUUCCCCCUUUGAUGAAAAUAAACACUUAUUUGAGACAAUUAAAAUCCUUCUGGGGGCACUGGAAGCACAAUAUGGUGAUCCAUAUUUUACUUUAAAAAAUCUGAACUCUGAUUUUGCUAGAAAUAGGAGACCCAGUGGUGGAAUGAUAGAAGAAUGGAAACUGAUGAUGUGUGAAGGUUUAGAGGCAAAUACAUAGGUGUAGCUCGGAGUGCUGGUAUCUAAUAUGCCAUUGUAUCCACUAACUCAAAAUAAAUACAUAUAAUCUGGAAAUCUGACAAAUGCUUUUUUUUAAUGCAUACUUAAUAAAAGAUUAGAGCAUCUUCAAAAUUGGUUAAAAAUACCUUUUGUUUUUAGAAAUUGGGGACAAAAUUUGUGAUAGGUCUGUAGGUCAUCUUUGGAGUCUAGAAAUUGGUUUUGAUUUAUUUCAUGGUUUUCCAUUUUUUUUUACUCACUUUCCAACAAUCUAAAAUGAAGUCAUGUGUUAGACUUAAGUGGGCCGUGCCCUGGGCUAGACUUAAGAAAGAUAAUGUGUUUUCAGAAACUGAAUAAAAAAAUUUUGGAGGAGGCUCAUUAAUUUCAAAAUAUU